GUUCGGGGAGCGCGGUGAUCGGUGGUGCGCUAGCAGAGCCGAUAAUCGGCAUUCCUCGGAGGGGACAUGUGCACUGAUCAUCAGGGCACUGAUCAUCAGUGUGCCCUGAUGAUCAGUGUAGCCCAAGCAGUGCCACCUGUCAGUGUCCAUCAGUGCCAGCUCUCAGUGCUCAUUCAUGCCAGUGCCCAUCAGUGCCACAUCAAUGCCACAUAUCAGUGCCUACCAGUGCACGUCAAUGCCACAUAUCAGUACCCAUCUGAGCUGCCUUUCAGUGUCACCCAUCAGUGCCAGUCAGUUCCACCUCUCAGUGCUGCCAAUCAGUGCCAGUCAGUGUGCAUCAGUGCCUGUAAGUGCUGCCUUUCAGUGCCCAUCAGUGAU